AUGGACUCUUCACCAGGCUCGGGUGCUCCCAAGGCUCGCACGCCAAACCCUGCCGAAAGAGACAGGAACGGCGCUGUUCCCCCUUCCGGUCCUACGGCACAGCCCAAUGGAUCCACCCCAGGAGCUGAUCAACAAUACCAGUCUGGUCCGGCCAACAAGCGCAAGCGUAUGCAGGAGCGGCACCAGGCUCGCAGACGCGGCCGCACACCUCCCCCCUCGAUCUACUCUCGACGCAAUCGAUCUCGCAGCCCUAGCAAUGCUACACCGCGCGAUGACUACUCGAGACGCUCGCGUUCCCCAUUACAGCGUCGCUCACCAGAGCCCGAGGAACAACCUAAACAGCGCAAGCGACCAGGCGGUGGCGCACGAGCUGGCUUGCUAAACCCCGAGCAAUUGCGGCGACGACAGGAGGAGCGCGAGCGCGCGAUGGAAGAGGAUGCAAUGCGGACAUCACGAGAUCGUGGUGUGUCCGACGUUGUCAGACAGCACUACAAUGCCGUACCUGAGCGUGGCCGCGAGUGGCGCAAGACUGAGAGCAAGAUCAAGGGGCUGCGCAGUUUCAACAAUUGGAUCAAGAGCACCUUGAUCCAGAAGUUCUCGCCUGACGAGGAGUUUGCUGCACGCUUCAAUGAUACCAAGGAUUGGGCUGAUGAUAGCACGCGCCCGAACCCGGUCGAGGACAAGCAGCUGCUUGUUUUGGAUUUGGGCUGCGGCAAGGGUGGUGACUUGGGCAAGUGGCAGCUUGCCCCGCAAAAGGUAGAACUAUACGUUGGACUCGACCCGGCCAAUAUCUCCAUUGAACAGGCUCGAGAUCGAUACGGUCAGAUGCGGUCUCGUGGUGGAGGUGGCCGCGGCCGCCGGCCACCAACUGCUCUGUUCCACGCGGAGUUUGCGACCAAGGAUUGCUUUGGCGAGUCCCUGGCCGAUGUGAACAUUAUCCAGCGCGUCGGCAUUGACCCCAAUGCCGGACCUGGUGGCUCUUUGAUGGCAUCGCGAUGGGGUGGCGGUGGCUUUGACGUUGUCACUUCCAUGUUUGCUAUUCACUAUGCCUUUGAAAGUGAGGAGAAGGCCCGUCAGAUGCUCAGCAACGUCGCUGGCUGUCUAAAGAAGGGUGGUCGCUUCAUCGGUGUGUGCCCGAACUCGGAUGUGAUCACCGGCAAAGUCAGUACUUUCCACAAGAAUCGCAAGGAGCAGGAAGCCGCCAAGCCUGCUGAGACCGAAGGCCCCGAGGAUGGCGAGGUCGAAGAGGAGGAACGAUGUGGAUGGGGCAAUGAUAUCUACAGUGUUCGCUUCCCUGGUGAUACUCCUGAGAAUGGUGUCUUCCGUCCGCCUUUUGGAUGGAAGUAUACAUACUUUAUGUCGGAAGCGGUUGAGGGUGUUCCUGAAUACGUCGUUCCUUGGGAGGCCUUCCGAGCUUUGACCGAGGAUUACAACCUCGAGCUGCAGUACCGCAAGCCGUUCCUGGAGAUCUGGGAAGACGAGAAGAAUGAUCGCGAGCUGGGCCCGCUCAGUGAGCGCAUGGGAGUGCGGGAUCGUAGUACUGGAGAGUUGUUGAUGACCGAGGAGGAGAAGGAUGCAGUUAGCUUCUACCAUGCUUUCUGUUUCUACAAGGUUUAA